AUGCCUGAUGAGAUGCUCUGUGCAGAGGAUGUGUGGAGUGGGGAUAUUGUGUUUAUUAAACGGCCUACACGGUAUUACUGCGUGCGUUCUGCUACCUGUAUGGAUGGUGGGGAUGAUGAUACCGUCCCGGUAGCCCUGCCGAACGGGCUGAUCGUCUGCGAGGAUGAGCUCCCCAAGUCCACGCGAAACGAUAGUGAAGGAAAGAUUAAGGAGUCCACAAUAGCAAUGGUGGCUUCCGCGCGGCGAAGAGCGAAUCACCUUUUUUCACCGAAGACAUAUAUUAAUCCAGGAGCCGUACGUCGUAUCUUUAUAACAUAA